UAUUGCUGUCACUCUAUCUAGUAUUUUUCACUAGCUCUAUUUUAUUGUAUUGUACAGAUUUUUAUUGCUAUUUAGAUAUGAAGAGAGUAAUCCUUUUUUUAAAUGGAAGCGAUGUAAACGGCAAGGUGUUUAUGGUGACUCAUUCAUUGGAUGAAUUAUUAACAGCUGCCAGCUCAAAGUUUGACAUAACUGCCAAAAGAAUAUUUACUCCUCAAGGUGGAGAAAUUGAUGAUAUUAAGUUAAUCCGGGAUGACGAUGUCUUGUAUGUUUCAAGCGGAGAAGAUUAUAUUCCAAAAGAUAAGAUUGGUAUUCCAAGUCAGUUGAGUAGAAAUUCGAACUGGAUUACGCUGAAUGUCGGUGGAAAGUAUUUCACAACAACUAGAGAUACUUUAACAAAAGAGGAACCAACGAGCAUGCUUGCAAGAAUGUUUACUGAAACUACAGGCAGCGAACAAAGAAUCUUACCCAGCAGACAAGAUCAAAAUGGUGCAUAUCUGAUAGAUAGGAGUCCUACAUAUUUUGAACCACUGUUAAAUUAUUUAAGACACGGGCAAAUCAUACUUGAUGCUAAUGUUAAUGCAGCAGGGGUUUUGGAAGAAGCGCGUUUUUAUAGAAUAGAAGGUGCUAUCGAUAUAUUGACUACAAUGAUCGAAACGGAGGAUCCUCAGAAAAAUGGUUCAGUGUCUUUAACUAGAAAGGAUGUACUUAAAGCAAUCAUGUCAACACCUAUGACGUCCGAACUUAGAUUUCAAGGUGUCGAUUUUGCUGGUGCUGAUUUAUCAAAGCUAGAUCUCGGGCAUAUUAAUUUCAAGUAUGCAAUUAUGCGCGGCUGCAGUUUGGUGGGUGCAAAUUUAUCCGGCUGUUGUUUCGAACGUGCAGAUUUAUCUAACGCGAAUCUGCAGGGCGCGCAGCUCGUUUGCGUGAAAAUGUUACGGGCAAAUCUUAGCGCCGCCAAUCUUCAUUCGUGUAAUUUUGAAGAUCCUCGUGGCCGAUCCGCUAACAUGGAGGGUGUAAAUCUAAAAGGCGCCAAUCUCGAGGGUAGUUCCAUGGCUUCUGUAAAUCUCAGAGUGGCAUCGUUAAAAAAUGCUAUCUUGAAAAAUUGUGAUCUGAGACGAGCUAUGCUAGCUGGUGCUGAUUUAGAGUGCUGUGACUUAUCGGGGUCUGAUUUACAAUAUGCGAAUUUGCGCGGCGCAAAUUUGAAAAACGCUGCGUUCGAACUAAUGCUAACUCCGUUACAUAUGUCCCAAACGAUACGAUAACAAUGAAUGCAAUACCCCGCGUAUCGCGCGGCGGUUUACCUUCAGUGAUCUAGGUAUUUAUUUAAUUUGUAGGAUAACAAAAGUUUAAGUGAUAGUACUUUGUUCUUGAUACUUUUACAGAUAAUGAGAAAGUACAGACUGAUCGUAUUAUAUUUUAACAGUUAUAUUAGGAAGUGUAAUUGAGUUCCUAUGUGGUUCGAGGAAUGCCAGUUAUGCGUUUUUAUUUCCAGGACGAUAUCGAGACUAGAAUCGAUAACGAAAUGUCGAAUUAAUGGGAAUAAUCUAUUGCAAAUAAUUUAAUGCUAAUUUACUUGCAUAUUUUCAUUCUGGAAUGUUCCAUAAAUUCAUAUUGACAAAGACUUAGAAUCAUACGAACUUGUAAAUAUUAAUCGUCAAACUUUUAUAUUAAACGUGUAAAAAUAAACGUAAACAAUAAUGUAUAAUGUAUAAUGCCACUUACAUUGUAUAUUACUAGAUUUUAUUACUGCUAAUAGAAGUGGAAAUUUAGAUUGAUAGGAAUUAACUUUAAAACUAUACAAAUUUUUUAACGAAACUAAAGUCGAGAUUACUCGGUUAUGAUAAACUCUUUCGUAAUAAUGGUUUGGGUAAUCGUGUAUAAUCUACGCCGGAGGAAGGUAACAUCUUUUCUUUUUGUGUGUGUAAUAUACAUAUUUAGGAUUUCACGAUUAAAGUAUGUAUCGUGUGCAUGUAAGUUUAAUGUACGUUUAUAAUAUUAAUCAAUCUAUACAGUGCUUUAUAGAAAACAGAAAAUAUUUAGUUUUCUUUUAGUAGAUUCAAAUUUUCUUUAUUAGAUUCUUAGUAGUUCACUUUGCACAGUUGUCCAAAGUGAAUAGAUUAUUAUUAACGAAGGAAUGUAUUUUCUUAAACUUGAGUGUACAUGAUUGCAUAAACCUUUCUGUUUCUUUGUUUUUUAAAUAACAGUUUUUAAAAUAAAAAUGUAAUAUAAGCGGUGUUGUAUGGUUAAUAGGUUUUUAUAAUUUAUACCGGAUCAAUGUGAUAAUUUUUAAGGCAGAAACUAUGACAACCUAC